AUCGCUGUGCCACAUGGGUCCUAGAAUGAUCAUAAUACACACUUGUUGUUCACUGGUAAAUCCAUUAGGUUGGUACGCCGGCAGAAGUGGCGCUGAAAUUCCAAUGUUUAUCAGUCACCGCGUCAAAGUCCUUGGCUAGUUGACGUGUUAGAGUGUUGCUGUUGCAGUAGUAUCGUCGUCGCUGUCGUCAGGCGUUGUCCGUUUCUUCCGGUUGGUUGUUCUAUACUUUUUUGACCAAAUCGAGUGCGACAUGUCUACUGUUGCAGGGUCUACUGGUUUUCGUCGACUUCCGGCUGUCGAACGACAGUAGUCAUUGUCAUCAAUUUGCACUAUCAUUUAGAUAAAUUACUACUCGCUAGAAAUAGGAGAGAAACAGUGAUGAACACGAAAAGCUGAACAUCGAUAGGAAAAUGAAAUUUAUUAUUCACUUCGCCCGCGGAUUAUUAUGUGUCACCGCCGUUAUUAUGUUGGGCACUGUCUCCGCAGCGGAUAUACUAAUAUGGCCAGAUGUUCCUGAACUUACCCUGACAUCAGGGGCUGAUCUCACACUUAAAUGUACAGGAGGAAAUGUACCUGUAAAAUUGAAGCAACAGCAAUAUGAUCCAAGUUUAUACACAGAAAAAAAUUCUUCAAUCAACAUAUCACAAGGAAUAGUUAAUGGUAGUUAUAUAUCUCUGCUAUCAUUAAGUAGAGCUAGUUAUUUAGAUACUGGAUAUUUCUUCUGUGAUCCAUUGACUGAAGACUUGGAAGUAGAUGAACAAAAUUCAGCAAAAAUAUACUUAUUCGUUCAACAUGAUACACAUUUAUUAGCGGUUCCAGAAAAUUUAGUUUUAUUGUCUCAGGACGAAUUUGGUAAUGUUAUUAUACCUUGUCGGCCAACAUCACCAGAUAUAAACGUAACAUUAACAAAAGAUGGAGAAGAGUUGGUGCCUGAUAACACAUAUGAUGGCAUGGAAUUGCUUUAUGACCUAAAGCUUGGAUUCUUACUCUAUUCAGUGACAAUGUUUAGUUCGGGAAUAUAUUCUUGUCAGGCUGAAUAUCAUGAAAAAAAAAGUUAUGCAACUUACCAUAUUGUUAUUAUGCCUAAAGUUCAUAAAGUAGUUAUGCCUUAUAUCAAUAGUAGUGAUGCACACUCAGAUCAUUUGAUUAUUGGCCAAAAUUUAACUCUUAACUGUUCUGUAAGUAUGGAUCUUGGUAUUUCUUUCACAUUACAUUGGAAAGUUCCUAAGGAACAGAAACUUCAGGCUGGACAUGUGUUUAUUGGCAAAGAAAAUUUUUAUAAUGGUUUAAAACAUGGAAUUGGUAAAAGUGUUGGUAGUCGAUUAUUGAGUAUUCAAAAUGUUACUACCGAAGAUGAGGGCGAUUAUGUUUGUGAAGUAACAGUACAUUCUGGACAUAAAAACCAUGCUACAUACAAACUUAAAGCAUUUACUCCUGAUAUGACUUAUUUAAGUUUGUCAGUUCAAGGUGAUGUUUACGAAAUAACACGUAAGGCGGGAACUCGACAGGUACAAUGGAUAGUUCAAGUAUCGGCAUACCCGAAACCAACUCUUGUAUGGAGAGAUCCUAAUGGUAAAGAGUUAGGGAUGAAUACUGAAAAAGUGUCAGUGGAAAAUGACAAAAGUACAUCUAAAUUAGUUAUAAGAGAUUUACAGUUGUAUGAUUCUGGUGCAUAUGAAUUAGUUGCAGAUAAUGAUGCACAUAUGAAACGGAUUAUUGUAACCUUGCUAGUUGAAGACAGACCAUUAGUUCAAAUAACUAAUAGUUCUAACUCAAAAAAAUUUUAUGAGGUGGGAAAAAUGUAUAGUGUUGAAUGUUAUAUAGGAGGCUAUCCUUUGCCAGAAGUUGAGUGGGCUUUUAAAAAGUGUCCAAAUUAUCCUGAAUGUGAAGAAUCAUUUAUCCAGAUAUCUAGAACCAUGUAUAAAGAAACUGUGUUUAAAGAAACAUUUCUUAUAUCAUUAAUAAAUAUUACUGCUAUUGAAACUGGAAUACUUUUUUGUAACGCUACAAAUGAAUUUGGAAAUUCUAACCAUGAAUCUAUGUUUUUUGUGAGUGAUGUAUCAGAUGGUUUGGCUAUCAAAGGACCACAAAUUGUUGUUGAAGGAGACGAUAUAACAGUUGAAUGUGGAGCUUCUAAAUAUAAUUAUACUCAAGAUAUUAAAUGGAUAUAUAGAGAUUUAAAUAAUAUAGAGAAACCAGUGAAUAAUGAUAAAAAUGUUUUAAUAACAAACAAUAAAACAGCACUUUCGUAUCGUUCGUAUUUAAUGAUAAAAAAUAUUACAAAUAUAUUUGAUGGAGAAUAUUUGUGUAUGGUACCUGAAUUAUAUGAGAAGAAUUCUGUAACAAAAUUGUAUUCUGUAUUAGUCCGGGACUCCCAAAUACCAGUUAUUCGUGAGUCAUCUAAUUCCAGUAGUUUAAAAGUAAAAACUGGUAAACCAGCACAAUGGGGAUGUUAUGUUGAAAAAAGCAUGCCACCAGCUACAGUUACUUGGUUUAAAAAUGGUCAUGUAUUAAAGAUAAAUAAAAAUGAUAGUAGGCUCUUAUUACUAGAUAAAAAUCAAACACUUGUAAUAAGGUUUACUGCAUUAGAAGAUGAAGGAUAUUAUGUAUGUAAUGCUUCAAAUAAAGUUGGCAGUGCUGUUUCAACCAAAACAUUGUAUCUUAUUGAUAAACCUCUAGAGCAUGAACAUUUUGGAUUCAUCGCUUUUUGUUCCGUGUUAACUAUUCUUUUGGGAGUUCUUAUGAUAGGCUGUGCUAUACAUUUAAAGAAAGAAAAGAAAUUAAAAAAAGAAUUAGCUCUAGCUGGUCUGUUACACUUUGAGAAUGGUGCUGUUGAAAGCUGGAACCCUGAUUUGGGAAUUGAGGAACAGGCAGAAUUACUUCCUUAUGAUAAACGAUGGGAGUUUCCUAGAGAUAAACUAAAACUUGGUAAGCAACUGGGUUCUGGAGCAUUUGGAGUUGUCUUUAAAGCUGAAGCAAUUGGUAUAAUUGAUAAAGAUACCACUACUACUGUUGCUGUAAAAAUGAUUAAACCAAAUACAGAUCCAUCAUACAUUAAAGCCUUAGCUUCUGAAUUGAAGAUUAUGAUACAUCUUGGUAGGCAUUUGAAUGUAGUCAAUUUACUUGGAGCUUAUACUGGAAACAUAAACAAAAGAGAAUUGAUGGUGAUUGUAGAGUAUUGCCGUUUUGGAAAUAUCCAUCAAUACAUGCUGAAACAAAGGGACUGUUUUGUGAACCAAGUUACAAAAGAUGGCUAUUUAGAUUAUAAUAUUAAAACAAUAUCUAAAAAUCCAUACUAUGUAAAUGUUCCUAACAAUACCAUUUUACCUGAAAAAUGUGAAGAUAGUAGUACUCAAAUUGGUUCUGAUGGAUAUUUGGUUCCUGAUGAAGUUGAACCUGAGUGGCGGAGUAACUAUCGCGGAGAUUAUAAAAAUUUGAUUGUUAAACCAUCAUGUACUAACGACUUAAUAUGUUGGUCAUUCCAAGUAGCAAGAGGAAUGGAAUAUCUUGCUAGUAGAAAAAUUCUUCAUGGUGAUUUAGCAACAAGAAAUAUUCUAUUGGCUGAAGAAAAUAUUGUUAAAAUAUGUGAUUUUGGAUUUGCAAAAACUAUGUACAAUAGUGAAAACUAUAAAAAAAAGUCUGAUAAGGAUCUUUUGCCAGUAAAAUGGAUGGCAAUUGAAUCUCUCCGUGAUCGAGUUUUCUCAACACAAUCUGAUGUUUGGGCAUUUGGUAUUGUUCUGUGGGAAAUAUUCUCAUUAGCUGUUACUCCAUAUCCAAAUAUCCAAAAAUUUAAUGACCUAUUCAAUAGAUUGGUUGAAGGUUAUCGAAUGGAACAGCCAAAAUAUGCCAAUUCUGAAAUAUACAACAUAAUGUUAGACUGCUGGAAAAUGAAUCCUAUGACAAGACCUUCAUUCACUGAAUUAGCUGAACGUCUGGGUGAUUUAUUACAAGAUGGUACAAAAUCACAUUAUAUGAAUUUAAAUGAGGUUUAUAUGAGAAUGAAUACAGAGGGAUCAGUUUCAACUGAUUACUUAAGUCUUUUAACGGCACCAACAUAUUUGAAUUGUUCAACCUUGUCUGAAAACAAUUUAAAUUCAUGCCUAAACAGUUCUGAACAUUCAGAAAACAAAGAUGAUUUGGAAUUGAGGCCUAUGUUACAUAAUCCAAUUGAGUGUUCAGGUUAUAUAAACCUAACAAAACCAUCGUCUUUUUCUAAUCCCAAUUAUGAUGUUGUCGGUAAAUCCAAAAAUUAUUCAUACUUACAAUCACCGUGUCCAAGUUAUGUUUGAUGCAGCCAGAAACCCUUAAAGUUAAAAAUUUUGCUACAGCUGAAUAAAUUAGUAGCAUUGUUACCGUUUAUAUUUUAUUAUAUAAUUUAAUGAUGACUGAUGAUUGAUGAACAACCAUAUAAUGUUUUCAAAUAAAUAAUAUCAUUUUGAUUUUAUGAUAUUGUAUAUAAGUAUUGUUAGGAAUAAAGAUUUAACUAGGUAUAUAUUGUUAAUGAAAAUAUAAAAUGACAAAAAAAAAAAUGUUAAGUCAUUUCAAAAUAUAAUAUAAAAAAUCAUGUUAUAUUAAAUUUUUUAAUAUUUAUUAUUGCCAAAAAAUCUUUUAAUAUUUAAAUGUUAUACAAAAAUAUUGAUAUUAUUAUGCAUCACUCACAUAUAUUUUUUUGAAUUAAGUUAUUAAUAUAUAUUAUAUUUAUAUUUUAUAGAAUAAUAUUUUAUGCUGUACAUUACUAUAACAUUAUAGAUUGACUUGCAGCGAAUGAAUGAGUUGAUGAUUGCUGAAAUAUUUCUAAUGUAUUUACAUUAUCUAUAUAUGAUAUAAAAUAAAUGUGUACAUAAACUAAGUAACAUCUAAAUAAUUAUUACUUUACGUAUUUUUUUUCUUGAGUCUGGUAACAGCUGAGAUACAGUUAGAUAAGUGCUUUUUAAAUUCUUAUUUAGUGAAGUAUGUGUAAAGACAUGCUUAAAGGGUGGGUAUCUUUUAGUAGUAUAUUCUUAAAUUUGGUUUGUUUUUCAUAUAACUUAUUUUCUUUUAAGUUUAUAUUUUAUUGCAAUUACAUUCGAGUAGUUUUUGCCAUCAUCAAUUCAUUAAGAAUAUAAAAUGUAACUAGUCAAUACCUAAUAAAAUAUAUUUUAUAAUACAAUUUGAAUUAUUUUGUAUUAAAUAAAAUUGUUUUUAAAAAUAAUCAAACUAUUCCAUCCAUUUAAUUGUAUUAUUUGUAUGUAGUAAUAUGUAUUGUAUUUUAUUGUUUUUUUUUAAUCAUUCUUAUUUAUUUGAAUUAUUUAUAUUUUUUGUUUUCAUUUAUUGAUUUAUAUAAUGUAUAUUUUUUUUUUGUAAAUUUAUCAAUGUACACCAUUUUUUGUAACAAACAUGUUUUUACUAUCUACAUUUGUAGUACAUUUUUCGUAACUUGGUUAUCAUUUUACUUAAUCCUAUUAUAGUUUAUAAUAAUAAUGAAUAUUAUAUCAAAUACAAGAACAGUUCUUGCA